AUGGCGGACUUUGAGGCAGCCAUCCAUCAGCUCGAGAAGGACCUAAAUAUAACACCGGAGGAUCAUUUAAGUCGGGCGGGUCGACUUCACAGCCUUGCAGCCGCAUACAAAGAACGAUUUAGAAGAACAAAUAAUAAAACAGAUCUGGAUCAGUCUAUUCAACUCUACCAAGGCGCCCUGGAUAUAAUACCGGAAGAUUAUCCAGGCCGAAGCGACAUACUUCAAAAUCUUGGAGCCGUAUACGAAACGCGAUCUCGAAGAAUAGAUGACAAGGCGGAUCUAGAUCAGGCUAUUCGACUCUACCAAGAAGCCCUGGACAUAAUAACACCAGAAAGUUAUCUAAGUCGAAGUGAUAUACUUCAAAGUCUUGGAGCCGCAUACGAAACGCGAUCCCAAAGAACAGAUAGUAAAGCAGAUCUGGAUCAGGUAUAUCUGGAACAGUCUAUUCGACUUUAUCAAGAAGCCCUAGAUAUAACACCAGAAGAUCAUCCAGAUCGAAGCAAUAUACUUGUUAAUCUUGGAGACGUAUAUGAAAAACGAUCCCAAAGAACAAAUGAUAAUGCAGAUCUCAAACAAUGUAUUCAGUUUUAUCGAGAGGCUUUGGAUAGAACACCAAAAGAUCAUCCAGACCGGGCUAGUCGACUUCAAUAUCUUGGAGCUGUAUAUGGAACCCGGUUUCGAAAAACAAAUGCUAAGGCACAUCUGGAACAGUCUAUUCGAUUUCGCCAAGAAGCUCUAGAUAUAACACCAGAAGAUGAUUCAAGUCGAGCCCUUCAAAUUCAAGGACUUGGAAAUGCAUAUAGACAACGAUUUCGAAAAACAAAUAGAAAGGCAGAUCUCGAACAAGCUAUACGACUUUGCCAAGAAGCUUUGAAUAUAACACCAAAAGAUUAUCCAUCUCGAGCAAAUCGACUUCAAAUUCUUGGAGCCGUAUUCGAAGAACAAUUUUGGAAAACAGAUGCUAUGGCAGAUAUAGACCAGUCUAUUACACUUUAUCAAGAAGCUUUAGAUAUAACGCCAGAAGGUCAUUCACAUCGGGCCUUUCAACUUCAAUGUCUUGGAAACGCGUAUAGAAAACGAUUUCGAAGGACAAAUGCCAUAAUAGAUCUAGAACGAUCGAUCCAACUUCACCAGAAACUUCUCAAUGAAUCUUCAUUCCCAGUCAGCACUCGUAUACGGGCUGGCAAGUGUUUGAUUAAGAUACAUGCCGCAUCUAAUAAUUGGUCACAAGCCUAUCAAGCUGCAUCUCAGACCUUAUCACUGAUUCCUCUACUCACGCCUUACUCCCUCGAGAAUUCGGACAAGCAACAUUUGCUCACCAAAACUGUCGGCCUGGCUUCUGGGGCGACAGCAGUCGCUUUAUUGGCGGACAAGACACCUUAUGAAGCAAUCCGACUCCUUGAACUUGGCCGUGGGGUGAUUGCCGGGGCUCUGGACGAAAUGCGCGCCGAUAUACCCGAGCUUCAGCAAAAGCAUCCCCAGCUUGCAGCAGAAUACAUUAACCUUCGAGAUCAACUCGAUGCUCCGAAAACGUUGACACAACCUCAGGUUGACCAACGCUAUAAUGCUGGGCGAAAGUUAGAAGAGAUGAUUCAGACAAUUCGGACAUUGAGCGGAUUUGAUCGAUUUCUUCUUGCCCCAUCGGAGGACGAAUUAAAGAGCGCUGCAAAGGAUGGUCCGAUCGUUGUUAUCAAUAUCAGCAAAUACCGCUGUGACGCCCUAAUUAUUGAGAACAGUCGACUCCGGUCUCUAGAGCUUCCUCGCCUUCAUUUUCGUAAUAUCCAAGAUCAUACGCUAGAAAGUUUAGCAGCUCCAGAAAUGCUUGAACGGCUAUGGGAAGCUGUAGCACAGCCAGUGCUCGAUACACUAGGGUUCACACAAUCACCUUCCGAUGGUUGCUGGCCUCGUAUAUGGUGGAUUCCUACUGGUCCACUAAACAAAUUCCCACUCCAUGCAGCAGGACGUCACACGGACGGCUGUGGUGAAACAGUGCUCGAUAGGGUCAUGUCAUCAUACAGCUCGUCUGUCAAAGCAAUCAUACAUGGCCGCCGCCAACAGCGUAAUCUAGGAGGUACACUCUCGGCCCCAGCGCCAGCGCUCCUUGUCGCCAUGAAGCAUACGCCAGGAAGUUCCAAGCUCCCUUUUGCAACGGAAGAGGUUGAGAUGCUGCACGACUUGUGCCGAUCAAUGACAAUAGAGUCUGUUGAACCUAGGCGAUGCAAGCAAGAUAUUAUGUCGCAUUUGCCGCAUUGCAAUAUAUUCCAUUUUGCUGGCCAUGGUUAUACAGACAAUGACGAUCCAUUAAAAAGCUAUUUACUUCUAGAAGAUGGAAAGAGUAAUGCGUUAACGGUUGCCAAUCUUCUAGAAUUGAACCUCCGCAAACACGCACCCUUUCUUGCCUACCUCUCAGCGUGCGGGACUGGUCGAAUCAAUGGCGAGAAGUUUAUCGACGAGAACAUCCAUCUGAUCAGUGCGUGCCAACUGGCGGGCUAUCGCCACGUCAUUGGCACGCUGUGGGAGGUAAAGGACGAAAUAUGUGUGGAAAUGGCAAGAAUAACGUACGAGGGAAUAAGAGACAGAGGCAUGACAGAUGAAUCGGUAGCCUGGGGACUUCAUAAUGCGGCCAGGGAACUUCGCGAUCGUUGGCUAAGCAUGCCAGGAAAGGCUAAACGGGGAAGCAAAUUGGCUAGAGAGGAAGAUGCAAGCUUAGGAGUGGAUGAGGUGGGUGCUGAUUGUGCAAAUGAUGGAGAUCAGAGAGAUGCCAAGCUGCCGAGAGAUAUUGUUUCAUGCGACGAUGAUGAUAAAGAAGUGGGACUAUGGGUACCUUAUGUUCAUUUCGGCGUGCGAUUCUCAUCCCUUUAG